AUGUUGUGUGCUGGGGACGGUUGCUCGAUGCAGAUCGUGGCUCGUUCCUGGCCCGUCAGAAAGGAAAGCUCCCAGGUGGUGAAGUCUACCUCGAUUUUUUCUAGGCCUGCAUCCAGUGCAUGCUGAGAAUAACAUCCACGGGGGGAAGUCCGAGGAAGUUCUCAGUGAUGACGACGUCUUGGAUCGGGAGAGUGCCGUUGCGGCAAAUAUGGGUGCUUGUCGUCUUGUCUCUGGUGCCGGUGGUCACCACAAACCCGUAGUGGGGAGUAUGGGUAGUUGGAGCCAUUAUACGACCAGAAGUGAGAUGAAGUUGUGGGAGGCACCCAUGUCCAUGAGGAUGGAUACCGGGUGGUCUUGGAUGGAUCCAGUAAAUUUGAGGGUUCCAGAGGAGAUGUCCUUGGUGAGCGCAUGGAGGGUGACCUCUGAGGUAGCCAGAACCUCGGCUGCGGUAGCUGGGUCUGUGUACGUUGUUAUGGAUGCAUCAGUGGUGAGCGCCUGAGGUGGGUCAUCGGUGGAGUCCUCCUGGACCAACAGCACCUGCAACUCUUUUUGACAGUGGUGAUCGGGAGUGCAUUUGUCAUUGCAAGCGAAGCACAAUCCCUUGGCUCACUGCGCUUCAUACUCUAACUGCGCUAGAUGGACGCGCCGCUGCACGGGUGGCCCCUCGUCCUGCAGGGGGCUGCCCUUGUCCAGUGGGUGUCGAGGGUAGUUGUCACGCCGGGGGGAAGGAUCCUUGUGGAGCUUUGCGGUCAGAUCUGAAGGGCCCCAAGUUAGCCGGCGUGGACAAUCAAGGGUGCCUCCCCAUAGAUGGUUGAGCUUAGCUUCCAAUUUAUGGGCCAAACCCAUGAGUGCAUCGAGGCCAACAAGGGCCAGAAUGGUGACUUCUCGUUGAGUAUCAUCUUUGAGCCCGAUCAAGAAGGUAUCUUCGAGAACUUGCUCCUGUAAAUCACCGACGACGGAUGCCAUGAGCUCGAACGCAUCACGGUAUUCCACGAUGGAGCCUUCUUGCCAAAUUUUCAGAAAACGCUACCCCAGCGAGCCUAAAUGUUCGACCCAAAUCGGGGGAGGAGACACUGACAGAGGUCUUCACAAUGGUGGAAGGCUUGGCGUUGGUGGGUCCAGCGAAACUAGACAAGGGCCGUGCCUUCCAGAUAUAUGCCGAUAAUUGGUAACUUGGCGGUGGGAGCGGUUCUAGAGAUAGAGAAAAACAUGUUCAACUCGAAAGACCCACCCCUCUGGAUCUUCUCCAUUGAAAUGGGAAUCUCCAAGACGUCUUCCCUGCCAUUGAUCCGAGCUAUCGUCAGACAAAACGGAGGCGCCCCCGAAGGCGAAAAGCCUGCCCUGAGCGUCGAAGUCAACACCGGUGCCUCGUGGAGGUACGGCGGCAUCGAAGCUUGUUUCGCCGUGGUCCCAAACGUCCUCAAGACGUUUGUCUCGAUCUUGUAGCUGUUGUAGAAUCUAAGCAAGUUGGGAAUGAAGCUCGAUAUCCCGAGCAGCACUCUCUUGGUGGACAAUUGAGACUUUUUAGCAGAGAACCGAGACAUCUUUGUGGAUACUGCCUAAGUCCGCUUCGAGAUGCUCUAACCGUUUGUCAAUUGGCUUUGAUCCCAUUUUCUCUGAUACCAAAUGAUAGAACCCCCAGAGUGGUGGGAUAGACUGAAAGACUCCAGUUAUCCUGAAAGGGAGGAAUAAUCGGGUGAUUGAUGCCACAAGCCCGAGAGAGAGGGAGACGGGCUGAUUGACGAAGUGACAACGUCACUACAUUGUAGCCGAUCGGAAGGUUCUCCUGCACCGUUGGAUCUUAACUCAAGAUAGAAAGGGGGAUGUCACGCUGAGGUGGAAGAACUGUAUCCCAUCAUUACUCAUAAAGACAAGGGAAAGAGUAGAGGGGGAACACAACAGAGAAAGGGAAGAUAACGACCCUUCGAGUGAGUCAGACUCUCAAAGUACCUUUAGAUUGGGUAAAACGCCUCUGAAUACUUCCUGCCUCCCUCGUUGAUCUUACGGGAAGCUAUAUAGACGUAUUAUUAGAAUGGGAAUCAGUUCGCUGUCUUCGUGCUGCUUCGUCUUCUGGUGGUGACGGUUGAGGUAUGCAGCGGCUAGCACUGUUUCGAAUUCCACUGCUUCGUCUUCUGGUGGCGAUGGUUGAGGUAGGCGACAGUUUAACUCCGUCGUCUACAUGGCGUAUUUGAUGAGGCAAGGACCUUAUCAGAACCACCCAUGGAGUUUCUCCCUCGAGAUAGCACUCGCCAACACGCUUCUGUCUUCUCGGCUCGUUCGUGGAAAGACGACGAGCUGUGUCAUCUGGGAAGGGCAACUGACGUUUAUCAUUUGAGGGCAAGAAUUCAGUGAUGCGGAUGUCUCGACGAAACAUUCCGAGGAAAUUAUAGGUCCCUGCAGUUAUGUCAAUGGAAAAUAUCUCGAACACACUCCCAUCUACUCCUUUUUGGAUUUUUUCUCUGCUCGAGUGGGAAUUUAUAGUUACCGCACGAAAGCAUUUACGUGCUUGGGAUGAGGCAGACGGCAUGAAAUCCAGGCCAGUAACUUUCACUGCCACUGUCCUCUACUGGUAAGGCUCGCGAGCACACGCCACUGUCGUCUUCUCGUGACGUCUACUGGUAAGGCUCUCGUUACCCCUUUACCUUCUACUGCUGUCUGUCGCGCCCCAGAGGGUUAAAGCUCCAAAUACCUUUGUGACACCACUAGAAUCUGCCGAAUCUGCAGGUCGUGUGCCGAAUCUGCUUGACGGAUCUGGCAGACGGAGGUGAGAUCCUGAAACUGCAGUGUAGCUGCAAGGGCGACCUCGCCAUGCCCCACCGAGAAUGCGCGGUGAAAUGGUUCACCGUGAAGUGCAAAAAGAACUGUGAAGUCUGCGAGGAGGACCAGAAUCUGCCGGUCAUCCUCCUGCGUCUGCAGAACAUCCCUUCGGCCGGUGCAGUUCCCAGCAGUGAUCCUCAGACCGCGGCGAGCAGCCGCUGGCAAGUACCAGGAACCUUUCUUUUUAAAACCUUCAUACUUACACGAUCUAGUCUAGCAUUUUAAUAGGUAGAAUAUUUCGGGAGAGAGAAGAGAGUAUGGAUGACAGAGACGGAGAUUGGUCAUUUCCUGGGCUCGUCCACAGGCUAACGGUUCUUUCGCAGGAUGUGGACUCACCUCCCCAUUCUCUUCGUCGUGAGGUUGGCCGUGUACUCUUGCCUGCUCGAAAUUCUGGUAAGGCACUUGCGUUCUACUUCCAUUUUCCUGCGCCGAGUUUUUUCCUAAGGAGAUCCUUGAAACGGGGGCUCUCACCCGUUCCCGGCAGGUGGCGCGCAACGGCUUGUUGACGACGGUCGUAUCGCUGCCGUGCUCCUGUCUGCUGGGUUUCCUGUCGUCCUUCACGUCGGCCGCCAUGGGUGAAGCUCAAUCACCUCGCCUCGCCGCAUUCUUGUCCAUUCAUCCAUUCAUUUCAUGCAUGCAUGCAUUCAUUUGCUGGGCCAGAUAACUCAACCCUUUUUGCUUGAUGCAGGGAGCACGGCCCCAGCGAUGUAUCUCUACGCCACCGUCCAGUUUGGGAUGGUGGUCCACUUCGUGUAUAUUUUCUUCUCCCUGGUAAGGCUUGUAUGAUGAACCACCUCCCUCCCCUCUCCAUCUCGCCGACGUUCUUCGGGGGCCUUCUCCUCCUCCCCCCGCGCCACCCCCCCGGGUCUGAAGUCCGUCUCCCCCAGGAUGGAAGGCCCACGUGUGGCACGUUUCCGGAGGUCACCGACGUGAUGCAGUUUCUCGCUGUCACCGACAUGUUGAGUUGACCAUUCUCCUCUCUCCUACGUACGGAUCAUGUGAAUAUUAUUACGCGAGUUCAUAGUGAACUUUUGCUAUAACACAAACAACUCUCUAUAAAACGAAGAUAGCUACUCUUUAAAAGGAGGUCGUCUCUCAGAUAUGAACAUACUUGUGCCAAAUUGUACUCCCACAAAGGUGAAGGUUGCUUGAGCAUGGGCAUGGCUACAAUUGAGGUCAACAAGGGUGGUUGAACCAAGUCUACUUAGGGGCCACCCUAGACGCUCACCUCGGUGCUCGCUUUCUCUAUUAUUCUCACCUCUCUUACAUGAGAGCUCUCUCUCUCUCUCUCUCUCUCCCACAAUAAUUACUUACCACUCACUCCUUGUGAGAUAGAAAACACUAAGGCCGAAGGUAUGCACUAGUGUGUGUGCAUGAGUGUGGCCAAGUGUGCGUAGCUGUACAUGAGUAUGUGUGUGUGUGCGUGUGUGUGUGUGUGUGUGUGUGUGUGUGUGUGUGUGUGUGUGUGUGUGUGUGUGUGUGUGUGUGUGUGUGUGUGUGUGUGUGUGUGUGUGUGUGUGUCAGAGAGAGAGAAAGUGAGGCUGAGUGACUCAAUUAGUAACAAAGAAGAUAACAAGAUUUGGGGCUUGAAUCUACAAAGUUCUUAUAUUAUAGAAGAAACAAAUAUUUGACUUCAUUAAUUCAGUGUUAAUUAUUUGGGGCUUGAAUUCUUAGGUUAGUAAUUUUCAAUGUAAUAUUUCAUUUUUAUCUUUAUAUUAUUAAUUAAUAACCUCAAAAUCCUUAAAGCCAGUAAUGGAUGCACAUAAAUGCAUUAGAUUGUUAAUUAAAUAGAGAAGUUAAAAGUACUAGUCAAAGAACAAACAAUGGUAAAUAAAAAUGAUACACAAAUUAUAAGUUUUUUAAGGGUGGGGAGCCAAAAGUGAGGAAUUAGUCAUUUUAAAAAUAAUGAGUGAUUUAUGUUAUCCUAAUUAGUCACCAUUGAGCAAAGGUUUGAAAUAACAUAAUACACCAACCUUAUUCUACAUUCUAAUGAGCAUGCAUGCCUUCAAAUUUUGCCAACAUUUUGUCAUAUACUAUUGAUAUCGAGACCUCAACUAACAUCUGAUAAACUUCAUGACUCUAAGAAGUCAAACCAAAUUAGCAUUCAGUCAAUCAUUUCUUCAUUUAAUGAUUUAAGUUGA